AUGUCUUGGGAUCGAGUGCUUCCCGCCCCGCCUGGUCUGCACUAUGAUUCUACCCAAGUCAGAUCUAGUGACUUACUCGACCACAAGAUCAUGAGUGAUUCUCCCAAGUCUCACGGUUCAUUACCGUACCGCCCGGAACCACUCAAGUAUGCCGACAUCCGACCUAAUGGUAUGCCCCAAGCUCACCAACAUAUGAUGGCAUUCAACCAAGGGAAUGCAGCACCGAGGAUUGAACAGUAUGAAUCAACGGGGUCAAUAGGACCAAUGGCUUCAAUGGUGCCAGCUGGUCAUGGUAAUCAAAAUGCCAAUGUUCUGGCACGGCAGUCAAAUUGCCUGGUUUCUACCAAGGAUGUCUCGCGCUCUUCCUCUUCUUCUGGUAGCGCUAGUCCCGUUCGAUCAGUCAAGGAAAGAGAUUCUUUCUGUCUCUGUCAGCCGGAUCCAAAAGUACCCCGACCUCGCAAUGCUUUUAUCCUGUAUCGACAACAUUAUCAAGCAGCUGUGGUAGCCCACAAUCCGGGAAUGGCCAAUCCCGAUAUUUCCAAAAUCAUUGGAGAGCAAUGGAGAAAUCUCUCAGAGGAUGAGAAAUCAAAAUGGAAAGCUUUAGCAGAGGAGGAGAAAAUCCGGCAUAAUCAACAAUAUCCGGGGUAUCGCUAUCAGCCCCGCAGAAGUGGUCGAGAUGGCAGCUCUCGUGGCACUGGAGUGGGAAUCAGCAAUAACCCCUCUGGCGGAACUCAUUGCAAUCGCUGUGGUGGACGAUUCAUGCACCCGCCAUCUCCAAUGACCCCUUUCACCCCAACUGGAAUGUCAGACUACCGGCCUUCCGGGCUCUCAACACCAACAGCAAAAUCCUUCAUGGCGGCCAGAAGCUCGCAGGUUCGGGAGCAAGAAUCAGAGCCUAAGUGCAGACUGGACUCAUUAGACUCACGGCCACGAUCUCGUCUCGCCGAUGGAAUGGGUUCACCCGAAAUUAAACGCCGUCGUGUCUCCCAAGCAAACAUUCAUGCAGGUCUACCUGGGAGUCGAGAUAGAAGCCCAGAUUCAUUAUAUCAAGCACCACCGUACAGCGCUCGUCCUGACAUGCAAGGUAAACGCCAUGUGCCCCCGAUGCUUCAACCCCAACGACCAUACGAUACCGCACAGGGCCAAGGAUAUCCAGACCCGAACUUGAAGCUUGCACCUCUUCAAACUGGAACACCAGUAAUGACGCCCGUCACACCGCACUUCUCAACAGAUCCCAGCGUUGAAGCGACAGUGAUGACAAUUCCAUUCCUUAACAAAAUCAAAGUCCUCGCCAAAAUAUCUCCCCCACUGCUCCCUUCAUUUCGGGAAUCAAACCCUCAACUCAGAGGCCCCGUCAUUGCCGUUGAUGGUCAUGAUCCCGAAUUGGUCCGAACAGCAGUUGAAUACUUAGACCGUCUUCUUCAAAAAGAAUCAAAAUACAUGGUCCGCGUCUUUGAUGGGCCGGAAAUCAGAGCUCAACGCGACACAGCCUCAGAUGGAGGCCAAAUGGGCGAUGCCACAGUUGACUACCUCGAUACAAUCUCAGCGUGGCACCGUAUCUCCGAUGAAGUGAUCACAUUCGUCAAGUCAAUCUCAACAGCCGUUUCUAUUGGCUCAAGGUCCAGUCCAGAGGAAGAACAAAAACUGAACUUAUCACCUAAGUCCUUGGUUCCAAAGACUGCUAAUCUGCACAUUCACUCACCUCCCCAAUCAAGCGAGAAUGGCUCCGAUCAUAGUGCCGUCUCUCCCACUACUAUUGGAAGCCACUUCCAGAUUCCUCUUGCCUUGGUCCCGCGGUACCAACUUACAACCGCUGAUGCAUUUGCAUGUUCCGUUCCUAUUAACGACUCGUACGCCCCACUUGAUCAUUGGCAGUGGAUGGCGUCUCUUUGGCGUGCUUGCGUCGGUCCUGAUAUUACUGUUUAUAUUCGAGAAUGUACCCGGGAGGAACUAGAUCGUGCGGGGGGAAAUCCCGUGGAAGUCAGAUUGCAUGAUGCUAGGACAAUCGUGUUACGGAAGGUUGUGGGUACACCUCGAGAAUUGGAUCAGAAGUCACUGAAGCGAGUUGGAUUUGAGAUUGAGGAUUUUUUGACACAGUGA